ACUUUGAGAUCUUCCCCAAAAAUAAUUAAAGCGCUUAAAACACCUUGAUUAUCAACGGAAAUCGAAAUAUUGGAACUUUCCAUUUUGAAGGUCACAACGAUGGCUUUUCGGCGAACGUUGAAAAGGUUGCUACAGGAGAUUCCCAAUCAGAACUCCCGAAGCUAUGCCACAGAAGGCAGACAGCUGGUUACUAUGAUUCCGGGGGACGGAAUCGGUCCAGAGAUUUCACAGGCCGUCAAGGACAUAUUCAGUGCUGCAGGGGCCCCGGUCGACUGGGAAGAUGUCGAUGUCACUCCUGUUAAAGGCCCAGAUGGAAAUUUUCGACUCCCUCCAAAGAUUUUUGAAUCCAUGGAUAGAACAAAAGUCGGUCUUAAAGGCCCAUUAGCCACACCCAUAGGAAAAGGACAUCAGUCUCUAAAUCUAGCCUUAAGAAAAGCUUUUAGUCUGUAUGCAAAUGUGCGCCCCUGCAAAUCAAUAGAAGGCUACAAAACGGCCUACACAGAUGUAGAUCUGGUCACCAUUAGAGAGAAUACAGAGGGGGAAUACAGUGGAAUAGAACAUGUGAUUGUUGACGGUGUGGUACAGAGUAUUAAGAAGAUCACAGAGGAAGCGUCAAUGAGGGUCGCGGAGUACGCCUUCUCUUACGCUCGUGACAACAACAGGGACACAGUCAUGGCCGUCCACAAGGCGAACAUAAUGAAGAUGACCGAUGGAUUGUUUUUAAAGUGCUGUAGACACGUAGCUGAACAGAACAAAGAUAUUAAAUUUAAAGAGAUGUACCUGGAUACAGUCUGCUUAAAUAUGGUCCAGGAUCCCACACAGUUUGAUGUGUUGGUGAUGCCCAAUCUCUAUGGGGAUAUCUUGAGUGACCUGUGUGCGGGACUUAUCGGAGGACUUGGGGUGACACCUAGUGGUAACAUUGGACAAGAUGGUGCUAUUUUUGAAUCCGUACAUGGGACGGCCCCUGAUAUCGCUGGAGAAGACAAGGCUAAUCCCACGGCUCUACUUCUCAGCGCUGUCAUGAUGUUACGAUACAUGGGUCUGGGACAGUACGCUCGACGUAUAGAGACUUCCUGUUUUGACGUCAUCAGAGAGGGAAGGUAUUUGACUGGUGAUUUGGGGGGAUCUUCUAAGUGUUCCGAGUUCACAGGAGAAAUCUGUAGAAAGGUGCAGGAGAUAGAGUAGACGAAGACUGAGGACUAGGAAGUAUUUAUUGAUAUUUUACCACAGAAUUAAAUAUUGAGGGAUUGUUUUAAAUCUUUAAUUAGGAUUUCUAUAAAACACAAGGUACAUAUAGAUCAUCUGCAUUAGAAAUUCUGUUGUAAUUAUGAGCUCAUUUGUAUUUCUGUGUAUUCAUCUGCUUUACAAGUCCCAUGAUUUGUUUUGUUUUUUUGUCUGAGAUAUUGUUUAUAGACUUGUUCAAUAUUUUUGUAAAUUGUAAUAUUUAAAUUUAUGGGACCCACAUAAGUUUUAUUUGAUCUCAUAUCUGAGUUGUUGAUAAGUUUGUAUUUGUGAUAAAUUAUGGAUAACAGUUCAAGAAAUUAUUUGCAAUGAAUUUCUGCAAUAUGUAUUUAAUUUGAAAGUAUAGUGUUGUUUUUAUGUACAUGAUGUAAUGGAGGAUAGUGACAGUGUUAGUUUCAUGCAAUACUCCAGCCUCAAUGAAGCAGAAAAGUGGCUAGAGCUAAAUAUUAGCCAUGCUGAAUUCUAAUGUCUUUCGUGUAUUUAAGAGGUUGUUAAAUUUAUAAACAACACCAAAGUUUGUCAUACUAACAAAUUAAUGACAAGUAUAAAGUUAUAAGAUACAUAUUACAGUUAAUUUUUUACUGAUAUUGCCUGUAAUUUUUAAAAUUAGGGUUACAUACAGUGAAAUUUUUUUUGGCAGUUUGUGAGACAGAUCUGUUGUUAUCAGUUGUUUAAGUGAAUAUUUGUAUUCUACAUGAGUAAGAAGAAGAAUAAAAAAAAUCCUUUAAACGCUAUAUGU